UUUCAGUUGAUUGUGAUAUUAAGAUUUGAUUUUUCAAGGUCAACCGACCGCCAAGCUAUUGCGAGGCAGUUUUCUAUUUUCUGAAGCUGUUAUUCGUCUAAUUCUAACAUGUCAUCAACAUUGGAUCAUUUGAAAAAGCAUACCAAGAUUGUAGCAGACACGGGAGAUUUUAAUUCUAUUAAAAAAUAUUUACCAAUUGAUUCAACAACUAAUCCCUCACUAAUUUUAUCUGCAUGUAAACUACCACAAUAUUCACAUUUAUUAGAUAGUGCAAUUCAAUAUGCUCGAGAGAAAAAACAAACAUUAAAUGAACAAAUUGAAUUAGCAUUAGAAAGAAUAUUUGUAUUAUUUGGUUGUGAAAUUCUAAAAAUUGUCCCAGGACGUGUAUCCACUGAAGUGGAUGCACGUUAUUCAUUCAAUGUAAAAAAACAAAUUGAAGUAGCUUGUCGUUUAAUUGCAAUGUAUGAAGAAUUAGGCUUUUCAAAAGAACGUAUACUGAUUAAAUUAAGUUCAACAUGGGAAGGUAUAAAAGCUGCAAAAAUUUUAGAAUCACAAUAUGAUAUACAUUGUAAUUUAACAUUAAUGUUUUCAAUGUAUCAGGCUAUUGCAUGUGCUGAAGCCAAUGUCACAUUAAUAUCCCCAUUUGUUGGACGUGUAUUAGAUUGGUAUACAAUGAAAUAUGGUCAAAAACAACAAUAUACACGAUAUAAUGAUCCAGGUGUACAGCUAGUUAGUCGUAUUUAUAAUUAUUACAAAGUUCAUGGAUAUAAAACACAAAUAAUGGGUGCUUCAUUUAGAAAUGUUGAACAAAUUCUUGGUUUAGUUGGUUGUGAUUUCUUAACUAUAGCACCGAGUCUUUUAGAAGAAUUAAGUAAAAUGUCAGAAGAUCCGCAUUUAUGUUUAAGUAUUGAGAAAGCUCAAACUGCUUAUGAUCAUUCAUAUCAACCGGAUGAACCAUUAACUGAAGAACAAUUUCGUUGGCAAUUAAAUGAAGAUGAAAUGGCUAAUGAUAAAUUAUCCGAUGGUAUAAGACGUUUCACUAAAGAUGCCUUAUUAUUGGAAGAUUUAAUUAAAACACGUAUACAACAACAACAGCAACAAUCAUAA